AUGCCUCCAAAGCGAAAACGACCUGCUAGCCGACCCCCUGAAGAGACCACAACAUCUGGUCCACCAGCAAGAAGAGCGAAGACACUCGCUAAGGAUAGCAUUUCUCUUCAGUUGACAACAGAACAGGAUGAUAGGCCGACUUUGACGCCAUCACCGUCUAAUGAUCUAGAUGAUGAUUUUGCAAGUCUUGAACCAAAGGUCGAAAAGCAAGAGCCUCCCGAGGAGCCUAUGGAUUAUAGUGGAGGAUCGAACCCGGAUGUCUGCGCGAUUUGUCUUGCACCGUGGACUGUAAGUUGGCACAAGGCGUUCAAAAGUGGCAGUUUUGUUCUGGAAGUAUGUGUAACACUGAGCGUCUUAUUGCUUUCGGUGGAGCCACUUGCAUUGCUCACAGUCCGAGAACCUGAGGAAUCAAGGAAACGGUGA